UGCGCGCCUUAUCAUUUAUCUCGCUCCCAAUUUUCGUGUCCUCUUCAUCAAUGGCAGUUAUCCACAAACUAUAUAUGCCUAUAAUCUCCUCUUCCCACUCUUCCUUAUUCUGUAAACCUUCGAUCUCACUAAACAUCCCUAAUUAUAAAUCCCAAUUGUUUGGCACCACAUUUUCAAGAAUUCAUACCCAUCAAACCCCAUUAACGACACUCUCAAGGAGGCUGUUUUUGCCUUCUGUUUCUGGGCUCUGGGAUGCCUUAGCUGGUGGAAAUUCUGCUCGUGAAGCCGUUUUGGCGAUUCGACGUGGAAUGCUUCUAUUCAGACAGGGUGAUGUUUUGGGAUCUUUAGUGGAAUUUGACAAGGCAAUUGAACUUGAUCCUCGCCAAAAGGCAUAUCUCUGGCAGAGGGGAUUAACAUUAUACUACCUAGAUAGGUUCGAAGAAGGCGCGGAGCAAUUUAGAUUAGAUGUUGCACAAAAUCCAAAUGAUACAGAAGAGUCAAUAUGGUGCUUUCUCUGUGAAGCAAAGCUAUAUGGAGUUGAUGAAGCAAGAAGACGAUUUCUCGAGGUUGGCAGAGAUCCACGACCCGUGAUGCGGGAAGCAUACAAUUUGUUUAAAGAUGGUGGAGACCCAGAAAAGCUCGUUACAGCAUUUUCAAAUGGACGGGAACAUGAAUAUUUCUAUGCUACCUUAUACGCAGGCUUGUAUCACGAAGCUCAGAAUGAGGCAGAUGCAGCAAAAGUUCACUUAAUUGCCGCAUGUCAAUCUUCGUAUGGAUCAAGGUCUGAUGACUAUAUGGCAUCACUUGCCAAGGUUCAUUGCAAUUGCCGAAAUUGGAGAUUCAGUUGAAGAAUCAACCUAGUACAAAAAGAAGUGAAAUGUAUUAACCUUACAUGAUACAUCCAGUGCAUAACUACAAAUUGACUUGCAGUAUUAGAAAGGGUGCCUUAAAAUAAAUAUUGAGUCAUUUUUAACGACUUUUGUUGCUUGCUUGAUCCAAGAUAAAGACGAUUAGAUUAGAAGCACAAAUGAUCAUAUCAAAUGUUCCAAGUAUAUCAACACACAAAUCGGUUAUUUGCAUUUUUGCCAAUUUUAUCUCCAGUAUUCAAGAUU